AUGGAGAUAGCACCUCUUCCUCUUCCUGAAGACCUGGGGAAACUGAGCAGUAUUGGAGACAGAAGUGUCCACAAACAAUGGGUGAUACAAAGGCAUCACUUGAUAUUAAAGAGUUCCCUGAUUCUGAGGCUAUUAAAGAAGCAUCUAGAGACUUUUCUUAACGAUCAGAGUGGACUGAGGGUAUUUUUCCCUCUUUGCGGAAAAGCAGUGGAGAUGAAAUGGUUGGCAGACCAGGGCCACAGUGUGGUUGGUGUGGAAAUCAGUGAACUUGGGAUACAGGAAUUUUUUAAGGAGCAAAACCUUUCAUACUCAGAAGAACCAAUCACAGAAAUUCCUGGUGCCACGAUAUUUAAGAGUUCUUUGGGGAGCAUUUCAUUGUACUGUUGCAGCAGUUUUGACCUUCCCAGGGCAAAUAUUAGCCAAUUUGACAGGAUUUGGGAUAGAGGAGCCUUAGUCGCCAUCAAUCUUGAUGAUGGCAAACGUUAUACAGAUGUAAUACUGUCUCUCUUGAGAAAAGAAUUCCGCUACUUCCUGGCAGUUUUGUCUUAUGAUCCAAUGAAACACGCAGGUCCACCAUUUUAUGUUACAGAUGCUGAAAUUAGAAGGUUGUUUGGGACAAGAUGUAAUAUUAGUUGCCUUGAGAAAGUUGAUGCUUUUGAAGAACGACAUAAACGUUGGGGAAUUGACUACAUUUUUGAAAAGUUAUAUCUACUGACAGAAAAGUAAAGAUCAUAUAGAUGCAAUCAGGUUAACAUCAAUACAAUUUUUAUUUUCUUUGGGCAUUUAAAAAUGAUGCUAAGGCUUGAUAAGAUAUUGAAUCUUCAAUAUUUUACUCAUAAAUCAUUGCU